AAACCGUGGCACCCAGCACAUUUCGUUGUUACGACUGGAUUCCUCGGUCAACCGUUACGGCCGACCCGCAUAAGCGGGAAAUAAACAAAUAUCUCAAUUUAUGCGCCCACGCAAACCAGUCCGGCUGUUCGACCCAGCAGGGCCGGAUAAAAUGAGAAGGAAAAGGGGAUUGGAAAAAGCGCACAGCGCAGCACUCUCAGAUUUGCAACAAAAACCCAACCGCGAGAACUCAAGAAAAGAAUCGUCGAUUUCCCGGGGUUUGGUCUGUCUUCCCCACGCGCGAACCUGAAAAAAUCCCAACAUCCCGUCCGAUGUCUUCUCCCGACCCGAACCCUGCGCACAUUCGACAGAUCCUGGCGGCGCCGGGCGUGAGACGCGACCGGGAGGCUCGCCUUUGGAUCGACGGCGGCACCGCGCGCGUUAGUUUCACUGACCGAGAGUGGCCGCGCGGUGACGCGCGAACCCUCGAACCCGCGCGAGAAGCGUUCCGCGCGUCGCUCGUGACGUCGACCCUCGCGCGGGCGGUGGUUGGCACAAUAAUUCGUCGCGUCAUCGCGCCCCCGCACAUCCGUCGUCGCGAUGUCGCCGAGGUCGAGCGGUGCAUCGUCGGGUCGACGACCCAGGCGGCGGCGUAAGAAGCUCGACUCCGAGGUUGAGGGAGACGCCUUCCUCCUGCAGGUCUCCGUCAUCCUCUGCACCGUCGCGGCGCUCGCGUGGUCGCUGCUGCAGGUUGUACUGUACCAGGGCACCGAGCCGCAGAUGGUGGCCAUCCCGCUGUUCUACCCCGCGGCGGUGUUCCCGACCGCGUGGUACGAGCGCUACCGACUGCACCGCCGGCCGUACAAGCAUCUCGCGAGGGUGCACCUCACGAUGGUGUGCGUCCUCCCCGCGCUGCUGCAGAUCGAGAGCGGCGGAUUCGCACGGUCCGGCGGCGUCAUCUCGUGGUCGUCGGUGUCUCCGUUCACCGCGUGCGUCAUCGCGAAAAAAAUAUCGAAGGCGUGGAACUGGGGCGCGCUCUGGAUGGCCGUCAUCGCGUUCGCGUACGGGUACGAGGCGUACAACGAGACGCACGACCGGCACGGCGCGAGCGUCAUCGCGCAGGCGUGGCACACCGGCGAGAGCUUCCACGUCGUCCGGGUGUGGACGUGGCAGAUUUAUUUCUACGCGCUGGCCACCAAGGUGGGCGUCACCUUGAACGCGUGCCUCCUGAUGUACCUGCUGCGGAACAAGACGGACAACGCGGUGCAGGCCCACAAGAUGCUCGCAUGCGCCAUCAUGCCGCCGCCCGUCGCGAAGGAGGUGUUCGAGAUACAGUGGAAGCGGCUGAGGGAGGGUAGGAGGGCGAGCAAGGCGAGCAAGGCGGCGGCGUCCAUUCCGGGUCGCGUCUCCGUCACGUCGCGAGUGCUGAACUGCAUAUUCGGCAACGCCGUCGCGGGAAGCAACGGGUCGCAGUCCGGUUACAGGUCGUCGUCGUUCUCCGCGUCGUCGGUGACGAGCAAGUCGUCCGGGGGUUGGUCCUGGGGCGGCAUCGGCCGGGGCGAACAGCGACCCGGCGCCGCUCGCAGCCUCUCCGAUAACUCGCACCACUCCACGCACAGCGACGGCACCGGGUCGUCGUCGCACGACGCGUUCGAGUGGACCGACGCGGACUACAUCGCCCCGGGCGCGCGGCUCAGGGAGCUCGCGCAGAGGACGGAUUCGUCCUCGUCCACCAAGGCUGAACUCGCCGCGGACACCACUCGCGCCUUGGCGGAUUUCGCCGAACGACCCAGUCCGCCGCGGCGAUCGCUCGACGACGUCAAGCUCGACAUCCCGGAGGAUGACAUCCUGGAGGAGACGGACGCGGAUGCGGAUGCGGACGGCGCGGACGCGGACGCGAGCGUGGAGGCUACGGCGCACAAGGAGCUGCAGACGCUGCGGCAGGUGAGCUUCAGCGGCACUCUCGCCACGGAGCGAGUCUUUGAGCGCAGCGGCGACAGCUUCAAGGGUAUGCAACUCGCCGCGCGGUCGUCGUCAUCGCGACGUCACGACAGGCGGACCGCGUCGUCGACGAUCGCGCGGGACCACCCGAGCGUCACGGUCAUAUUCAUCGACAUUGUCGGCUUUUCGGAGAUGUGCGAGCACGUCAAGCCACAGGCGGUGCUGCGUUUCCUCGAGCACUACUUUGAGCUCGUCGACAAGAUGGCGGAGGAGCACGGCGUGACGAAAGUUCGAACCGUGGGGGACGGGUACCUCGCGGUGACGGGUCUGAUGGCGGAGAUGGGCGUCCCGGAGGAUUCGCACCAGCACGUGCUGAGGUCCCUGACGUUUGGGUUGGGAGUCCUGCUGGAGCUGAGGGACGUGGGGCUGAAGCUCCCUACGGGUCGACCGGUGCAGGCGCGCAUCGGCCUCGCCGACGGCAACGUCUUCUCCGGCGUCGUCGGCAAGACGUGCAUGCAGUACGACAUCUUCGGCAACGUCGCCAACCUCGCCGCGCGUAUGGAGCAAACUUCCCCGUACGACGGCGUGCACAUGCCGGAAUCGUCCUUUGACAAGAUGAUGAGCGAGAUGUCCGAAGAGCAGAGGGCGCUGUUCGAGAAGGUUGCCUGGACCAGAAACACGGACGUCGAGAUCAAGAACAUGGGCAAGAUCAACACCGUGUCGCUGGAGUUGAAGGGAAAUGAGGAUCAGAUCGAGCGCGUGCUGGCCGGGUGCAUAUCUGACGACACGCAGCGCGCGGUGACGAUGCACAUCGGCGCGAUGCAGGAGGCUUUCAGGCAGCUCACGUGGGAGAGCGGCGGUAGGAUCGACGAGGGGGACGAGGAGGCUGAGUUCGCCAGACGACGGACCCUGGAGUCGGGGAACUCGCAGCGGAGCGACCUGGCGGUAUCGAGGGAAGCGUCGCGGAGAGAGGGCGUGCGACUCGAUCGGGAGUAGUGAAUUCGUCCGGUUUGGCGGCGAGGUUUUUACGAAGGCACGAAGGAUGAUA